AUGGGCGGAGCAGAACCAAAGGAGAAAAGACGUUUUGGAAGAACGGCUGGGACGAAGCAUUAUGGUUCUUGGCCGCUCUUUGGGGGUCUUUUUUCUUUUAAUGUGUUAAACAAUGUACAAUACCCGAGUCCAUGGUUUGGGGUUGUUUGCAAAUGGGGCAUCAUAGAGACGUACGGAGUGGAAUAG